AUGCCCCGUUCUUCUCGCACAGGUGAAUUGAUAUACGACGCGGAGGUUGAGAAAGCAGCGCGUAAGCGGAGGCAAGAGACCAAGAGACGAAAAGAAGGGCACUUAUUUGCUUCAAACGAGUCAGCAGAAGACGAAGUAAGCAUGGCCAACACCCAAACAUUGAGGGAGCUGGCUGCCCCGGAGCUGACUCACCAGCCCUUAUGCAUCACAUUCCCCGCUUUGGCUGAGAAUACUGCUUUCGAACUGAAGUCGAGGUUGAUUCAACUCUUACCUUCUUUUCAUGGUCUCUCUGGCGAAAAACCCCACAAGCACGUAAAGGAGUUCGAGGUGGUUUGCUCUAGUAUGAAACCUCCUGGGGUCACUGAAGAGCAAAUUAAACUGAGAGCCUUUCCGUUCUCUCUCAAGAAUGCAGCUAAAGAUUGGUUGUACUACCUACCAGCAGGUAGUAUUACCACAUGGGCACAGUUGAAAAAGAAGUUUUUGGAGAAAUUCUUCCCUGCAUCUCGGGCUGCGAGUUUGAGGAAAGAAAUCUGCAGCAUUAAACAGUUCCCCGGGGAAUCCUUGUAUGACUAUUGGGAAAGGUUUAAUAAGUUGUGCACUAGAUGCUCGCAGCAUCAGAUUAGUGAACAACUGUUAAUCCAAUAUUUCUAUGAAGGACUCCAGUCAACUGAUAGGAGUAUCAUUGACGCUGCGAGUGGGGGAGCGCUGGCAAAUAAGACCCCGAGGGAAGCAUGGCUGCUCAUUGAAGCUAUGGCAGAAAAUUCUCAACAGUUUGGCUUCCGUGAGAGUAACCCUACCCGCAGGGUUAAUGAGGUGGAGUCGACAUCUGUUCAGCAGCAGUUGUCGGAGCUAACAUCCGUUGUUCGACAAUUAGUGGUGGGAAAUAUGCCCCAAGUAAAGGCCUGUGGAAUUUGCACAAAUAUGGGCCACCAUACUGACUCAUGCCCUAUGUUGCAAGAAGAUGGGGCUGAACAAGUGAACAUGGCUGGAGGCGUGCCCGCGCCUCGUAGGCAGUACGAUCCAUACUCCAACACGUAUAAUCCGGGUUGGAGAGAUCACCCAAAUUUCAGCUAUGGUAAUAGGCCACAAAAUGCAUUCUCCAAUCAUCCACCAGGAUUUCAGCAACCUUGGCAACAGAAGUCCUAG